GAGACAAACUCUCGCGAAAUGUUCCCUCUUGCGAUAAUAUUCUUGGGACUUGGGGCUGUAAUCUGACGAUAAGAUUGGCAGUGCAGCGCGAUAUGUAACAGGGUCAUGAACCGUGUCGGGCGACAGGCGGAUUGAUAGCCAGACUUCGUCGAUCUUAAAAGCCGUCAAGUAUUAUAUAAAGAGGGGUUGAAUCCGUUUUUCAAACUCCAGAAGUCCAGAUUUUUGAGAAACCUCACGUGUCAUUUCUAUUUACAACGGCCAUUGCCAAACUCCAGAUCCAGCUAACUCACCCACCAUUGCAAACCCAACGUCAUAUCAGACAGCUCAGAAACCAUGGGGGCCGGUAGCAGCACUCCCAUGACGCCAGCUCAGCGUGAAGCAGCCCGACAAAGGAGGGAAGAAAAACGAAAGAAGAAACAAGACGAGCAGGCGAAAAAGGAUGCGCUGAAGCGAGAGAAAAAGGCCUGGCUCAGAAACUACAAGGCUCGACUGGAGAAGAAGUGGUGGCAUGCUGGAUGGUGGCCAAUUUAUGAGUGGUGGAAGGAGAAGAGUGCUUGGGAGGAAGAGUUGUAUCGGAGGAGGAAGGAGGGAUUGCUUGAUUCUGAGGGAGUGCCAUUGAGGGCUCAUCAUGAUUAGGGGUUGGCAGAGCGUGGUGUUUCUUGAGAGAGAUGAUAGAACGUUGAGCGGGGCCCUGUUCACGUACCAGAUGAGCUUGCAGUCAUAAUCAAAUUUCUUAAUAUUCAAAACGCAAAGAAUCUAAUCUGACGUAACGCCAAUUCUUAGAAUCUCCGGCCAGGAGUUUCACUGUGCUGCUUUCAAGGCAGCGGCAGCUUUCGCCAUCUUCGCUCUAGUUACUCCUACCUGUGUAGACAAGCGCCAAGGGUAAUCCA